CGGGUUUGUGUCGAUGUGUGCGCAGCGUGUGGCUGCUGCUGCUGCGGCUUCUGGUGAGAGAAGUGGCAGGUACCCCAAAAUACCUCCCAGCAUAGAUCCAGCGGCUUGGAUGCGACUUUAUCAGCUAACCAACAAUAAACGCCAGUAGAUGUGGCUGCCUGUUUUCAGCCUGUUUUGCCUUUUUGUUUUUGUUUUUUUAAACCAGCGGGUUUAAAUUAAAACUGAGCUUGGAAGCACAAGGAGAGACUUAAAAGUACGCAGAAUUGGCUCCGGUAAAGAUGCCUCAACGGGUUCUGUCGUCGCGAUGGGGUUUGAAUUAAGGAACACGUAGCCUCACAGAAGUCGCUGAAGUUGAAGACGCGCUCCUGGCCGCUGGGAUGUUGUGAACGACGCGUCGUUUGGGACAGAAGGAGCCAAAAAAAAAAAAAAAAAAAAAGAAGAGAAAAAAAAAGGAAAGAGGUGGAACCAGGCAGGUUUGGGCCAGCACCCGGAGGGAUUAUGGCUCUUGUAACGUUUUCUCUCAGCCUCAUCACCCUGGCGCUUACAAACUUGCCCAUUUCGAGAGGCAGCAGCCGGCAUGCGGUGUAUUGGAACAGCUCGAACCUGCAGCUUCGGAGAGAGGGGUACACCGUGCAAGUCAGCGUCAACGACUACCUGGACAUCUACUGCCCGCACUACAACACCACCCAGCGUGGGACGCUGGAGCGCGUGGUGGCCGAGCAGUACAUCCUCUACAUGGUCAACUACCGGGGCUACUACACCUGCAACCCCCAGAUGGGCGUCAAACGCUGGGAGUGCAACCGGCCCCACGCGCCCCACACGCCCAUCAAGUUCUCUGAGAAGUUCCAGCGGUACAGCGCCUUCUCGCUGGGCUACGAGUUCACCGUGGGCCAGGAGUACUACUACAUCUCCACGCCCAUCCACCACCACGGCCACAGCUGCCUGAGACUGAGGGUCUUUGUCUGCUGCUCCACUGCCUCCCAGGCAGAUGAUGACUCCGAUCAAACUUCUCCCGACUACACAGUCAGGCCGAACAUCAAGAUACACAACAUUGAUGAAUUCAACCCUGAAGUUCCCAAGCUGGAAAAGAGCGUGAGCGGGAGCAGCCCGUCGCGUGACCGCCUUCUCUUCACUGUGGCGACGAUGCUCGUGUCUGCCGUCCUGUUGUCCUAGCGACCGUCACGGGGAACUUGUUGGACCGCCUCGUCCAAAGGGCUUUGUAUCCCACCAAGUUUUUUUUUUUUUUUUUGAAGAUGCGAAAGCUAAACGGAGAAAAUGAAGAAUAUGUUCAACGGAUAAAAGUCAGAGACAAAGAAAAAAAGAAGCGAGGCCUUUUUUGCUGUCAUAUUUACACCUUUCAUGCAGGUGUGGUGACCACAUGGAGAUUACAACCAGUAUUCAGAAUCCAGUUUUUUUGUGCUGCUCUCAUUGGAUGCAGAUGAGAGUUCUUUCGUAGCAUGAUAGAGAAAAGAACAGAAAAUUUGAAGUGUUACUCUCGUUGGAAGAUGAAAGCAAGGUUCUGGGGCUAGCUUUGAAGAUGGCAACUUUAAACCCUACAGUGGAUUUUUUUAAGGCUUUGCUGCAUCAAACCGAACUUUGAUGUAGUAAAAAAAAAAA